ACUCCCGUUUUCAAUAAAGUUGAGUGAAGCGUCUGCGCUUGCGUACUGCGGGGACCAGGGUUAGCCGGAGGCCGCGGGCGGACACACACUGCGCCAUGCCCAAGAAUAAAGGUAAGGGAGGUAAAAAUAGGCGACGUGGUAAGAAUGAAAACGAAUCUGAGAAACGUGAGCUGGUGUUUAAAGAAGAUGGUCAGGAAUAUGCCCAGGUGAUUAAGAUGCUGGGAAAUGGGCGUUUGGAAGCCAUGUGUUUUGAUGGUGUGAAGAGACUUUGUCAUAUUCGAGGAAAGCUGAGAAAGAAGGUUUGGAUAAACACGUCUGACAUCAUAUUGGUUGGGUUGAGAGAUUACCAGGAUAAUAAGGCUGAUGUCAUCCUGAAAUAUAAUGCAGAUGAGGCAAGAAGCUUAAAAGCCUAUGGUGAACUUCCAGAGCAUGCCAAAAUUAAUGAAACGGACACAUUUGGACCUGGUGAUGAUGAUGAAAUCCAAUUUGACGAUAUUGGGGAUGAUGAUGAGGACAUUGAUGAUAUUUAAAUUGAGAUUGAAUGUGGAUUCCAGCCUUGUACUCGAGCUUCCUUCAAAGAGUUUUUUUGGAUUUCACAUGAAGAUUGUGUGGAUGAGUUGACUUAUGGCUAACGUAUCUAAAAUCCAUUGUAACAAUUUGUUUUAAGUCAUUUAGUGUAUAUUUAUAUUCUUUCAUCACACGAAUAAAAAAGGACUGAGGUGGAGUUUGGUAGGAAGUACAACUCUUUACAAUAAAAUGUUAAAUUGCUUUGGA